AUGUCUUUCCUUCAACGUCGCGCCGCGCCUCUCCUCAGGCCCACUACCGCUUCUCUCAAAUGCACACGGCCCGUCUCCUCGCUCGCAGCUGCACUCAAGGAGCAGGCACCCAUUGACGUCCACCCGGAGGUGCAGGACGCCCUCGCGCACGGCCGGCCGGUCGUUGCGCUCGAGACGACAAUUGUCACUCAUGGAAUGCCGUACCCCGCGAACCUAGAGACGGCGCGCUCGGUUGAGGGCAACGUGCGCAAGGCUGGUGCGACACCCGCCACCAUUGGCCUCAUCGAGGGGCGCGUGAAGAUUGGGCUUGAGGCCCAUGAGCUCGAACGGCUUGCGGACGUACGCGCGAACCCAGGGGCAGUGAAGCUGUCGCGGCGGGACCUAGGUGCUGCCAUAGCUAUGAAGAGGGAUGGUGGGACGACCUGCAGCACGACUCUCAUUCUUGCUGCGUUGGCUGGUAUCAAGGUAUUCUCUACCGGAGGUCUCGGAGGAGUACACCGAGGCGCAGAAUCUACCAUGGAUAUUUCUGCGGACCUCCAUGAGUUGACCCGCUGUCCUGUCGGUUUGGUUUCCGCUGGUGUGAAGUCGAUAUUGGAUAUCGGAAGGACACUGGAGUAUCUGGAAACGCUAGGGGUACCUGUCGUCUCAUAUGGCACGGAUGAAUUCCCGGCGUUCUACAGCAGACAUAGCGGGUUCAAGAGCCCGUGGCGCAUCGAUGAUCCAGCUACCGCUGCCAGGAUCCUUCACACGCAUAAGCAACUUGGCAUGUCAAAUGGCGCGCUCUUCGCGGUGCCCAUUCCGGAAUCAUACGACGCAGUUGGUGAAGAACUGCAGCGAGCAGUGGAGCAAGCUGUGAAGGAGUCCGAGGCCAACGGCAUAAGUCGGAGGGGUAAAGAGGCGACACCUUGGCUUCUCAAGCGGGUCGGCGAGCUCUCGGCUGGAAAGUCAUUGGCCAGCAAUAUUGCUCUCAUUGAGAACACCGCCUUUGUCGGUGGUCAGAUUGCUGUGGCAUAUUCACAGCUCAGCAAAGAGAGACAUCCUGAUGUCUCGCACCCGCACAUCGUAAAACAUGCACCUGCACCUGCAUCUAUCCCGGAAGCCACCGAAUCGGAAAUCCUGCCCCCAGCUAAAUUGGUUAUCGUAGGCUCAGCCGCCGUCGACAUCACUGCGCGAGCAGAUCCUGUCGCAGGUGCAGCCCGCGCAAACAACAACCUACAUACCACCGCGCCCGGUGUGGUUUCUCUGACCGCCGGUGGUGUCGGGCGAAAUGUUGCAGAGGCUGCUCACCGUAUCUUGACGUCACAUUCAAAGGAUUUGUCCAGUUCGGCCGUCCUAGUGUCACCCGUCGGCGAGGACGCCUUUGGACAGUGGCUGCUGUCGGAGACAAAGCAGGCCGGCAUGAGGACGGACGGGCUUAUCCGUGUCCCGGGUGCACGCACAGCGGUCUGCAACAUGGUACUGGACAGUGCGGGUGGACUUACCGGCGGCGUUGCCGAUAUGGAGGCCAUUCGUACCCUGGACGCAACAAAGAUCAUCGAAGUGCUGGACAAGCAUCAACCUGCAGUCAUUGCUCUCGAUGCAAACAUGUCACACGAGACUCUGAAAUCCCUGGUCACCUACGCGAACAAGCGGAACAUCCGCACUUUCUUUGAACCCACGUCCGUCCCGAAGUCCACGUCGAUCUUCCCAGCCCUGGCCGCUGCCCUCGACACCGCAAGCAUCCCCCGCGCCCCCGUCACAUUCGCCACUCCGAACGUGCUCGAGCUCGCACACAUGUACCAGGAGGCAUGCGCGAGCCCCCUCGAGCUCACAGCACACAAGUACUGGUGGCGCGUCGUCGAUGAGAUGGCGCUCGGCUCCCUCUUCCGCAUGGAGCUCGACCAGCUCGCGCGGCGCAGCGCCUUCGCCGGCUCCGGGCCCAGCACGAGCACCCUCGCGUUCCUCGUCGACAACGGGAUCGCGCAGAUGGCGAUCAACCUGCUCCCGUUCUUCCAGCACCUCGUCAUCAAGUGCGGCGAGCGCGGGCUCAUCGCCGCGUUCCGUGUCUCGGGCGAGGACGCCGUGGCGGCGUCCGCGUGGGCCACGCACAGCACAAAUAUUCCUGCGCGGCAGAUCGUUGCGCGUAGCGCAAACGGGAAGAGCGUCGUUGUGUUCAAGCACUUCCCGCCCAUCCAGGUGCCCGAGGACAAGAUCGUCAACGUGACGGGUGCCGGGGACUCGCUGGUGGGCGCGAUGCUCGCGACGCUCACCCGCAAUCCUGCCGCAUUCGAGGAGCCGGCGGCGUUGGACGAGUUGGUUGCGCAGGCGCAGCUGGCUGCCGUGUAUACCUUGCAGAGCGAGCACGCGGUGUCUCCGAGACUAUCUACAUUGGCGGAUGUAUAG